UCACACUAAUAAGCAGCUGGAAAAGCCAACUCAGCUAAAACAAAAAAAAAAUUGUAUAGAAAAAAUAGCUGUGCAGCAGGAAUUAAGAUCAAUUUUCCACACUAAAGUGCGCCCCACACACAAUGCAAAAUGCGGCUGACAAACGAGAACGUGAAACUCCACCCAAUGCUGAGAGAUUUGUGCAUUUUCCUCGGCCUAACAAUCUGCAUCUGUCUUCCAACGACGUGGGCCGCAGAGACGACGACGACUCUCUCAGACAAGAGACUCUGCGCUGACCCAAAAUGUGAACGUAUUAUCUCCAUGGGCAAAACCAAGAUAAUGUACAGCUCAGGCGGCAAGGGACUGCUAUCCUUCAAGAUCAACACCCCAGUGCGCAUUCUGUCCAAAAGUGCUGGCACGAAUAAGCAGCUCUGGGGCGUGGAUAUCGGCGGACGUCGUGGCUAUGCCAACAAGGAGUUCAUAUUGGAGGAGAGGAUCCUUGUCAGCGAGAAGGAAUUGCAGCAUGAAGUGCCAGUGGUUGGGCCAGGUAGUCCACUACCCGCUGCAGCACCUGCCAUCACACCACCAGAAGCCCCCCUGAAGGCAACCGAGGUAGAGCCGCCCGUUCCCAAUGCCUCUCAGUCAGCCGAUGACUUGGCAACGACUACAACCAGCCCGCUGGAUGUAAAAGGCGAUGCCAUUGUCACGAAAAAGGACACGGUGAACGACCAACAGGUGCCCGACGUUCCAACAGCGUCGUCACAGGUUGUGCAGAUGGUAGAUGGCACUCGGCUGCCCAUGGAGGCGAUUCCAGCUGUCACCGAGAGGACACAGGAUCAACAGGUCGUCCCACACGCAGAGAAAUCUCAAACAGCCUCAGCAGCGGUUGACACGAAAGAGCCACAACCGGUGGCACCAACGACUGAAUCGAAUGAGUCACAUCAACAGCAACAGCAGCAGCAGCAGCAGCAACCAGAGAAAGUAGUAGCUGCCCAAAAAGAGCCAGCGCCAGCAGUGACGGAACCUCAGAAGCUACAACAGGUGGAGAAUGAACCCAAUGACCCACAGCAGGCGGCAACCACUGGAGCAGCGUCUGCAGUUAAGCAGCCAGAGCCAGUGACAGUUGCACCGGUGGCCAUCAACGCUGAUAUUGACGACGACACUGAUGAUUUCGACUACGAGGAGGACGACAUCGAAGAAGUCGAUCAGUACGAUGAACUGAAAAUAGAUAGCAAAGAUAACGAAACGUUGAACGAGCAAGUAGCAAACGAUAAAAAGCCAAUUAAUGUGAGCGAAACAUCCGAACUGAAGCCCAAUUUGGUUGAGCAAACGAUAGAUAAGAGUGCACCCCCCAGUAGUGUAGAAGAAGUGCCAAAAACUGAAGAGCAAACGACAGUGGAGCCACAGGCCGAGGCACCCGCAACGGAGCAGCCAAUUCCAUCUAUACUUCAAGGGAUUGCGUCCUCCAAGGAAGCCCCAAGGGAAGCCACAACUGAAAGACAGUUGGAGGAGAUUGCUGCACCAAAGGAGGUGCCCGAAACAACGACACCCACAGUGCAGGAGAUUGCUGCACCAAAGGAGGUGCCCGAAACAACGACGCCAUCAGUGGAGGUGGUAGCCGAAAGGUUGGAAGUGCCAACGAUUCCAGAAACAUUCAGGGAAAAUGUAGAAAAUGUUGUACCACAACAAGCAGGGAUCCCAGUCCAAAGCGAGCCAGAGACAGCCAAGGUUGAGGAUGCCACAGAAGCACAGCCUCUGGUGGAUGUCGAUGCCAGCGCCACGGCCAGUCGCCUCGAGGACGUGCCUGCAGUCGCAACAGAGCCCUCAGUUGGCCUGCCGCCACUUUUCGAUAAGCAAAACUUUGCCAAUCCAAACGAGUAUUAUAAACAGUUGCAGGAGCAGCAGGAGGCAGUGCAGCAGCGGCAACCGAGAGAAGCGGAGAAACCGCGAGAUAAUCCAAAUGAUUAUUACAAUCAGCAGAAGGAGCAGCAGGCUACAUUUGAGGAGCAACUGAAGCAGCAGCAGAAGAAAUUGAAGGAGGAACUGAGGCAGCAGCAGGAGCAAGUCUACGAGCAACUGAGACAGCAGCAGCAGGAGAAAGAGCAGCAGCAGCAGGAGAAAGCGGAGGAGCAGCAGCAGCAGGAGAAAGCGGAGGAGCAGCAGCAGCAGCAGCAGGAAUCCAAUCAUCAACAGCCAGAGCAAACUACACCCACACCCUCCUACGAAGCACCCUACGCCGCUGUCGAUGAUGAACCCACGGCAGCACCACACAGCGGAGAAGUAUCUUCGGAGAGCGCGGCAGUUGGUUCGGUGGAACCACUGGCCCUGCCCUCGACAACAAGUCCCGCCAUAAAGGAUGAUGGCGGCGGUGGACUCUUUGCCACCAUUGUCGACACUGUCAACACAUUCAUCUCUAGUCAGGGAUCCAAAUCGAAGGAUAAUGUGCCAUCGGAUGAGCGCCGCAGCGAUGAACUGCAGCGAAUUCUGUACCCGGGCAUGGGCGAAAAGCCCACCAAAGAAGUGCCCCCUGCCGAUGUGAAUGGUCAUUGUGCUCGGCACCAGGCCAACGAUAAUGAGCACUGCCAUCGCACCAUUUCGUUGGACAACGUUGUGGAGGUGCUGGCCGCUAAGCUGGUGGACAACAGCCAGCUGCUGUUGUGCGUGGUCAUUGCGGCCGCCUCGUCGCUGUUCUUCAUCUUUGGCUACUACUGCUUCUGCAACAGCAGCCAGGAGGGUGCUCUGCUCUCGAAACUGAACCACUUGGAGCGCAGCCUGCUGACGUCGCACAAGGAGAAUCUAAUCAUUAAGAACGACCUGAUGACGACACGCACCAAGCUGGCCAGCAUUGAGGACAACUCCUUUGGCUCCAAUGACAUGGUGGCCGCACUCAAGCGGCAGCUGGAGACGGAGCUGUACGAGAAGGGCAAGCUGCAGGAGCAGGUUGUCUCCCUGGAGAGGGACGUGGAUAAAGCCGCCGAGGCUGGGCUAGAGCUAAACCGAAUGCUAUCGGAGGUGUUGGGCAACCAAAAUGGCAAUGAUGCCAUACUGAGCACCGCCGAUGAGCUGCAGCGGCAGCUAAACGAACAGGAAAAGAUCAUUGAUGACAUCAACUCGAGCCUCGCGGAGAAGAGCCGGGAGAACAGUGAGCUGCAGUAUUCGUACACCGAGGCCACGGCGCGUCUGACGAGCGAACUGAAGGCCCUGCAGGAGGAUAACUACGAGCUGGAUAUGGAAAAGUCCAAGCUGCAGACGCGUCUCCACGAAAUCCAAGCCGAGAACGAGCAGGAGCUGGCCAAGGCCCUGGAGACACGCAACUAUGAGAUGCAGCGUCUGCAGAACCAGAUCCUCGAUCUGACCAGCAAGUGGGAGAAGGAGCACGGCGAUCUGCAGACCAGUCUGGCCAAGAUCGAGGCCCUCGAGGACUGCCUGAAGGCUGUGAAGAAGGAUGCCAGCCUGAAUGUGAACGAGCUGAUCAGCUCGGCCAAGACGCGCGGCGAGCUGAAUGCGGCCCAGAAGAAGUUUGCCAAUCUGCAGUCAAAGCUGGAGCAGGAGCAGGUCCACAAGGGCCGGCUGGAGAGUCAGCUGAAGCAAUCGAAUGCCGAUGUGGAGCAGCUGAAGCAGGACUUCAAUCAAUCGGAGCGCGACAAGCUGGAGGCGCAAACGCGUCUCGAAGUGCUCUCCGGAUACUUUCGGGAAAAGGAAAACGAACUGAAAACGGAACUCAGCUUGCAGGAGACCAAGUGGCUGCAGCAUCAGGGUGAGAAUGCCAGCACCGUGGAGACGCAGACGCUGAUGAAGAACGACAUUCAGACACUCAAAUCUCAAAACGAUGAGCUGCGCGCGGAGAUUGAGGCACAGAUUGCCUCACACAAGGCCCAGAUGGGCACACUGGAGAAUCGGGCGCACGAGUCCUGGCUGGCGGCGCGUCAGUCGGAGCGACGCUGUGAAGAGGCGCUGGCCGAGGCCGCCGGCUUGCGACGCAAGCUGACCACCAUGGCCGCCAGUGGUGAUCCAGCGGCAGCCGAUUCCAUCUCUUCGAAUGGGGGCGAGUCGAAGGCAACCACAGCACCGUCGCCAUUGCCGCUGCCGUUGCCGGGCUCGCCAUUGUUAAACAUGCCAAAUCCACUGCCAUUCCUGGCGGCUCCCUUCUCACCAUUUAUGGGCCUGCCGCCGCCAUUCCUGCCGCCAGCAGCAGCUGGUGGGGCGCGUCCACCGCCGCUGGGUCGCAUGCGCUCGCCGCCGCCGGCUGCGUCUGGACCGCGCGGCCAUCGGGAUCGUGACCGUGAAAGGUACUCGGACUACAGCGAUUACGAUGACUAUGACGACGAUGAGGAGGAUGAUCGCCGUCGCCGGCAUAGCGGCAGCUGGGGCCGGGGACGACGCGACUCCUACUCGAGGGACUCGCCUCGCACAUAUCGCUCGCUCUCCCCCUCGGACAGUCGGUACAACUACCGGCACGACACAGAGACGGACUACAGUCCGCCGCCCAGUCCCCGCCCGGUGGCGUCGGGACACCGCAACGGACCGGGAACAGGCACGGGAACGGGCACGGGAACGGGGGCUGGUUCGCGGACAUACAGCGAAGUAUGAGAGAUGCGGAUUUUUGUACUUCACGGCGGGGUGUACCGACCAAAUCCUACCAUCCUACCAAGUAUAUUAUGUACGAGUAGUUGCUUAAACUCAAAACUAGUUCAAAUAUAUUUAUUAAUCAACGACUACCGAAAAGUGGGGGCGGCCCGACUGGCUCCUCCGAACCCGAACGUGAGUCCACAAAGCGAACUUGAGGGGAGACCACAACAACAACAACAGCAACAGCAAUUUACUGGCUCAAUGGUGAAUGAUAUUCGAAGAAAAUUCAAGCAAAUUAAACAGAAUGACAAAAACCA